AAGCUGGGGCUGCGGAGCUGGAAGAGGCGGGGAAGGCGAACCGGUAGGGGGUGCCUGGCGAGGCAGCGGCUCGCGCGCCUGCGCAUCCAGCUCCAGCGACCCCAGGUUUUCUAUGGGAUUCCCAAUCUGCUGCAGAGACUUACCCAAGCGUGUUGCAGCGGCGGCUCGGCUUGAAAGGCGCGAUCCAAGAGGGAUUUAAGAAGCCUAGAGCUCCAGAGGAAAAAAGAAAAGAAAAAGAAAAAAAAAAAAAAGAGCGCGAGACAACCACGCACAGAGACGGCUUAACCGUUUAUCCGAAUUUUAUAUAUAUAUAUAAAGAACUGUUGAGUUUUAUCAUUUUCGUUAAGUGACCGUGCGCAGCGCUAUAACUGCAGAAUGGGGAAACAGAAUAGCAAACUGGCCCCCGAAGUGAUGGAGGACCUGGUGAAGAGCACAGAGUUUAACGAGCAUGAGCUCAAGCAGUGGUACAAAGGGUUCCUCAAGGACUGCCCGAGUGGGAGGCUGAAUCUCGAGGAAUUUCAGCAGCUCUACGUGAAGUUCUUCCCGUAUGGAGAUGCCUCCAAGUUUGCCCAGCAUGCCUUCCGCACCUUUGACAAGAAUGGGGACGGCACCAUCGACUUCCGGGAGUUCAUCUGCGCCCUGUCCAUCACCUCCAGGGGCAGCUUCGAGCAGAAGCUGAACUGGGCCUUCAACAUGUACGACCUGGACGGCGACGGCAAGAUCACCCGAGUGGAGAUGCUAGAGAUCAUCGAGGUCAGUGCUGGGCUGUCCCAGGGGCUCUCCUGGGUGUGGCCAGGACCUUGGCAGUGGGACGCGGAGGCCAGACCCUGGGUCUAUGCCACAGCUUCCUUGGGGACAGGCCUAUGGCCUCCUUUCUUCCCUGCCAGGAGCUCUGCUAGUGGCACACUAAGCCCUGAAUCCUCCUGUCCCUGGUCCCUGCUCCAGCGCUGGGCUGGGAAAGUCACAGAUCCAAGCUCCUGGGCCCUGACUGUGCACUGAGUCAGCAUUUUAACC